AGACAACAUUCUGUUUAGUUUUCAUAAUUGCUUGGGAUACAUUUUUUGUCUAAAUAUUCCGUGACGUGGCGGUUCGGAAUUGAGAGACUUCAACCUCUGUUUAUACUCAUGGAUCGAAUAUCAUACGCAGAAAUGUAUACGAGUACUACGUUUUCCCUUGCUGUGGACACAUAGCGUUUACCUUUAAAAUACUAUAGAUAUCUAUUCAAUCUGAGAACCUGUUGCAUGUCAGGACCCGAUUAGCACUCCUGUCCGGUCCCAGGAGGCAAUUUAAGCCACAAUUCACCCAAGCAUUUCAUUUAGUUCUUGGCCAAACGACCUGCAGCAUGGUUCACGUUUCGCUGCUGCGCUUCUACUUUGAGCUGAGUCGCCUCAUCGGGCUCUGCAACCUGCACUACGAUCCGCAUCAUCAUCGCCUAGUGCUCAAUCAUGUGCCUACUGUGGUGUAUUGCCUCGUCCUGGACGUGGCCUACGUGCUAAUCAUGCCCUCUGCCUUCUCCCUGCUGGUGGGAAACAUUUACGGAUGCAAACAGCUCGGCAUGUUCCAUACCGUCUACAGUGUGAUGGGACAGGCCAAGCUCUUCAGCAUGCUGGUGCUCAUCGGAGGCGUUUGGCUAAGGCGUUGCCGGAUAGAGAGUCUGGCGAAUGAAUACCUCAAGCUACUGUUUCACUUCCGCUCCGCCGCGCUGAACCACGUGCGGAGGCUCUGCCUGUGGAAGGUGGCGCUGACCAGCUCCCGAUUUGUGAUGCUCAUCCAAAUCCUCCUGACGCCCAAUUCUCUGAUGCACUGUAAACACACCCUGGAUCGGACAGGUGUGGCGCCCUUCUACUUGGCCGCGAUGGGGUAUGCCCUGAUCAUGGAGCUGAUGGUGACCUAUGUGGACGUCACGGUGUACAUGCUCCAUGUGUCUGGCAAUUGGUUGAUCUCGAGCAUGACGGAAAGGCUGCAGGAAAUGAUUGAUGAUGUGGAGGUCUUGCCAAAGCGUUUGGGUCGUCCUCGAGAUAUGGGCCUAAGGCAAAUCCUGUCCGCCUGGCUUUUACUCUGGCAUCGAUGCCUGCAUCUGGAUGAUCUUCUCAGGCAACUCCGGGAUAUCUUUCAGUGGCAGAUUCUGUUCAAUCUGGGCACCACUUAUAUCUUCAGCAUUGCCACCGUCUUUCGCCUGUGGAUUUACAUAGACUAUUCCAAGGAUUUCAACUUGUGGACGUGCCUCAUCAUGCUCUUUGUGUUCCUCGCCCACCAUUGCGAGGUCAUGAUGCAGUUUUCCAUCUUUCAUACGAAUAGUUCCAAGUGGCGGAAGCUCCAAGAGCAGCUGCAACAUCUCUGGUUUCUGAAUCAGUCACAGAAUGGCGCUGGUCUUACUGCGGAAGUUGUUCUCUCCAGGAAGUUGGAGUUUGCCAUUCUUUACAUCAAUCGGAAGCUCCAACUGCGGCCGCAACGCGUGCGACACCUUCACAUUGUGGGCCUCUUCGACCUGAGUCGUGCCUCCGGCCAUGCGAUGACCUCUUCUGUAUUUAGCAAUGCCCUGGUCCUUUGUCAGAUCGCCUAUAAGAUAUAUGGAUGAUUAAUACACUAUUUAAUUAAACUUUAACGUUGCUAUAAACGAAAUACACG